CGCGCAGCUCACCGACAUGCUUAUACGCUAAUUUCUGAUCGUACUGAUUCUGGACCGAGGGCAGGUGCCAUUCGAGAAAGAAGAAAAAGAAGAAUUGUAUAUUUUUAUUAGAUGUAAUUCUUUCCUAUUCAUAACUGGCUCUUGUUUUUUUCAACAUGGAAUUUGUGUAUUCUGAUAACAAAGCUGAGGAAAUUAAAACUAUCGAUAUUGAUCUAAAAAGGAUAUAUGAUGCAGAUUAUCUCGAAAUUGAGGACAAGCCAAAGAAAAAGAAUUUUUCUUCCUCGAGCAAUGAUUUUGAUCUUGAGAAAUUUGAAAUCGACAUGGGUUGGAAAUCUUCAAAAGAAAAGUUUGAACCAAUGGAAGAGCUAAUGCAAAUAAGAAAAGAGUUAAAUCCAUUGGACAAGAUUUUGAAAAAAAGCGUUAUCACCCCUGAUUUUGAGAAAUUGCAUGUUGUACCGCCAUAUGAGUUGAGCAAACAUCAAUUAGAAAUACGCAAACGACGUGAAAAACGAAAGAUGGGUACAGGUGCAGAAUGGUUUAAUAUGCGAGCACCUAAAAUAACGCCUGAGAUUAGGCAUGAUCUUGAAAUAUUACGAAUGAGAUCCGCUUUGGAUCCUAAACGCUUUUACAAGAAGAAUGACAUGAAAGUAUUGCCAAAACAUUUCCACAUUGGCAAGGUUGUCGAUUCUCCAAUGGACUUUUAUUCCUCACGUCUUACAAAGAAGGAGCGCAAGAAAACAAUUGUCGACGAACUUCUGGCAGAUGCGGAGUUCACAAAAUACAAUAAGCGUAAAUAUAAAGAGAUUAUUGAAGAGAAGAAAAAGACACACUAUAAGGCACACAAACACGCGAGAAAGCUCAAAGGAAAAAGGAAGUAAUUUAUCGCAAUUAUAUAGGAUAUUUUACAUGCUUAAAAAAGAAAAAAAUUUUUGUAAAGAUAUUUACAAGAUUUGUAAUUUAUAUCUUUAAUAUGUUGCAAAAAUAUAACAGCAAAAAUGUAUACAUAUA